AUGAAUAAUUCUCAGAAGCCGGAAAAUGUGAGGGGAAACGCCUCUUUGCGUAUUGAUCAAGUUUCCUUCGGAUCAUACCUCCCUGAGAAUGCGGAAGAAAGGAUGCGGGCGUAUGUGUACCGUGGGACGGACAAAAGUCUACUUUACAAUUACGUGUGGCGACCAUUGUGUGCCAGAAUAGUGACGUACUUACCCGUAUGGCUAUCGGCAAACAUGAUAACAUUUGCUGCUCUCAUUUUCGUCUGCUCCACACAUGUAUUGCUUGCCUUUUAUAUACCCAAGUUCUCUGUUGCGAGUGGUGGCAAUGGCGUUGGAGGCUUUUAUGAGAUUGGGGAGGAGGGCAACGAAUUUAUGAAGGAGAAUUUUCCACCACCACCGUCUUUUGUAUUUAUUUUGUGCGCCCUCUCACUUAUGGCGUAUACUUUCCUUGACAACCUUGACGGUCAUCAGGCGCGCCGAACACGCAUGGCAUCGCCGCUUGGACUAAUUAUAGAUCAUGGCUGUGAUUCAUUUAACUCUAUUAUUCUUUCUCUCUCUAUAUCCGCGUCUACGUUGGCAGGACCAACAUGGAAAACCUGGACGUUUUUACUUUGCAUGAUGACAGGCUUUUUUAUGAAUACAUGGGAGGAAUAUUAUCUCGGGGAGCUUCUUUUACCUCUUAUUAAUGGUGCAAACGAAGGAGUGAUGGCUGCCGUUGGUGUUUAUUUAUUUACAGCAUGGAUGGGUGGACCUCAAUGGUGGUUUAUGAAUGGGGUGGAAUUGCCAGAGCGACUUAUUCCAACUGUGUUGACUUUGUCACCUCCGGUUGCCACUGUGACAAUUGAAGCAAGUGUGUUGCGGACUGUGUGCCCAUGUAUAAAUGUACCUUAUUUUUAUGUCCCUAAUAGCACUCUCUCGCUCCUGCCACUGUUAUUUGGCCUCAACUGCAGUGAUGCAUACAUUUCUGCACCACCCAUACCUAUUAACGCUGCGAAUCAAACGUCUCAUGCUGUAUAUAUAGGACAUAAUACGCUGCAGAACACUAUUCUUGGACUGUAUGAUCCCAGCCAUCCCAAUUUGUUUUGGGUGCGAUUUAACACUGUUGUUGUUUUAUUUUUUGCAUGUAGCACACUGGUUACGGUUCUCGGGAACAUUAUCCGCGUGUACCGUGCGCUUCACCGUCACAAUGAUAUGAGUAUCAGUACAUCAGGAAGUAUAGUUUGUCGAAUUUAUUUUGUACAUGCUCUUACGCGUUUAAUGCCACUUGUUUCAAUUAUGUUUUUUGCCACAUUGUGGUUGUUUACUUCCCCCAGUAAUAUAUUUCGGCGACAUCCACGCAUUUUCUGCUGGACAUUUGGGCUACUUUUUGCAAAAUCCUCCAUCCAUUUGAUGAUAGCGCACAUAUGCAACGUUAAAUUUCAUCCGCUUCACCGCACUUUCUGGCCAUUUUUCUUCCUGGCUAUCCAUUUGACACUGACUUACUGUCGCAAUGUGGUUGAAUGGAUACAACAUUACAAUCAUGGCGAUACUUUAGCUUUGCUUAGUGCCAGGAACGUGUGGGGUGUUGCGUUGGACGAGGAGCAGGCACUGUGGUGUCUCUUUGUCGUGUGUGUGUGGAAUUACAUUCACUUGGUGUGUACUGUUGUGCGUGACACAGCGAAGAGGUUGGGCAUCCCUGUUUUUACGGUGCCCCGCAGCAACCAAGUAACGCUGCGAAGGCAGAUUGAGGAAGAGCGAGCUGCGAAUGAAAAAGUGGGGGAGAAAAUUUUAGGGGCGACCCAUCUUUUGAAAGACGACGGCACCCCAAUGGAUGAGGGGGGAAGAGGAAAGAAAAGGGGGUCUGUUUCAGGGGAGUAA